AUGACAAGAAAAAAUCGGGCGUCGCCGACACACCGGACAUCUGAAGGACGGAAACGCUGGCUGGUGCUGGUGCUGCUGCUGGUGGUGGAGUGCGAAGACGAUGAAGAAGACGGAGAAGCGCCUUUGGCGCUGUUCUUAGCUUUGAUAACCAAAGAAAAGGCAGUGCCAGUCGAAGAUUGCUGGUUCAUCGAACGACAGUUGUCGUUUUGCGUUGUUCGGUCGAUCCUUUUCGAAACCGAACUGCCGCCAGCCUCACCACCGAUAUCGCAGCUUCCGAUAAAACAUGCUUACCUCGUGUUCCUCUUGACUCAACGGAGCGACGACUGCCACCUCGCGGCUACCGACCGAUUUGCUCGCCGUUGA